GGAAGGGGUAAAAUCGAUCAUCCUCUGGUGCUAAGCAUGGCAUCGAAGGCAACACCGACGACUGGCCUCGAUGAGAGUCUUCCCCGCAAGUUGACGGCCGUGGGAGUCCUUGGUGAAGUAGGAGCUGCGUACACGGUAUACGAGAAGAACUGGUUCUGCUCUGAAUGCAAGCACGAGAACUACGCGCGUCGACCGCGUUGUCUGCGGUGCCGCGCCCCAAAGGUGCAAGCGCCGGACGCGCUGGUGUACAGCAAGACAAAUGAAGGCAGCAAAUGGCGCGAAGCAUUGGAUCCAUCGACCAACAAGAUUUACUACUAUCACAUCGAGUCCCAGGAAACGCAGUGGGAACGGCCCAAGGAAAUGGGCGCGGCGCCGCACUCAACGGGGUGGUUUGGACGCGGCCAAGCCGGCCACGACAACUCCAACAAGUACGAGGACCUGAACACCAAGUACCUUGCGCGUCCUGCGCGGAAGCAGAUCGAAGCGAUGCCGAACCGGAACACGCGCAUGGAAGGCGCGAACGAGUACAACAUUUGGUACGACAAGUACAUUGGCGACCACUGGGACAACACAAAAGAAAAGGACCCAGCCGAGCACCGCUGCUGCCUCGAAACAGAUGCCGGGCACACGAAGGCCGACAAGAUCGGCAAGGCCAACAAGUUCUUCUGCCUCCAUUUCGCGCGCGGUGGGUGUGCGCGCGGCGCCGGGUGCAACUACUUCCACCGGCUGCCGACAAUGGCGGACGAGUUGCGGCUAGGGAUGUUGCACGACUGCUUCGGUCGCGAACGACACGCCACCGACCGCGACGACAUGAGCGGCACAGGGAAUUUCAUGCGGAAUUCGCGCACGUUGUACGUGGGGGGACUCAAAAGCAAGAGCAUGACGGAGGAUGUGAUCAUGAGUGCGUUUGUCGAGUGGGGUGAAGUGGAGAACGUCAACAUUGUGCACCGCCUUGCCGUCGCUUUCGUCCGGUAUCGGCAUCGGACGUCCGCCGAGUUUGCCAAGGAAGCCAUGGGCAACCAAGCGUUGGAAGGCGACGAGAUCCUGAGCAUCAAGUGGGCCAUGGACGACCCCAACCCCGUCGCCAAGCAGGCGGCGCAGCGCGCCGACGCGGACGCGGUCGUGGCCAUGCUCAAGUCGCGCAACAUCUCAACCGCCCCCGCACCGUUUGAAUACCCCGAGGGGUACCACAUCCAACCGUCUAAGAAACAAAAGACGACCGACCCCAGCACGAUGUACCCCGACACGAACGACCAGUACACUGCGGCGCUCGAAGACGACAAGGCGGCGGCGCUGUUGUCGUACGCUGUCGAGGACGACGGCGCGGCGGAGUAGCAAAGGCAACAUGUAUGCAUCAAGGAUAAUCAUGUAGCAAGUUCCCAUCGUUUGCUUCACA